GGGUGUUGCUCAUUCUCGGUUGCGGUGUAUGCAAAUGAAAAAAUCAACCAUCCAAACAUACGGUCUGUGCGAACAUGAUCAUUGGUUGUGCGUCGGGCCGACUUUGCCUCAUUUUCCACUUGAUUGUCGUCUAUUCUUUGAUACCAAGCAUAAAUGCAUAAUCAUAUCACCUAUUGCCGAAAAAUGAAUUCGGUAGCUGUGUUUUCUGACCUAUUUUCACACAACAAGGCGAUCUGAUUGCAGUGUAGCGCGUGAAAUUGUCCAGUAGCGUCAUACAGGGAAAAGUUUCUCGUACUGUGCCGAUGGAGCGUGUUAUCGUCGCUGGUCUUUGCACAGAAGUGAUCGCUACGGAUUUUAUCGUAAUGUAUCAAAAAUCGUUUGUUUAAACUUGCCAGCGCGCCAUCCCGCAAUCGAUAGUUUGAUUUUGAUGGUGUCCUUAGCCCCUUUGGGCUAUUUUUAUUCCUGUACCAGAUAAUUUGGAUUUAUUGGAUUGUUGUGUGUUCGUAUCGUAAUUCGUAAUCAAUUUCCACCAUGAAUCGACGCUUGCGGAUGGAACUGAACCGCAUGGUUCAGCUGGGUCUGGGAAGGGGCGAAAAAAGCGAGCUGCUGGACAAAGAUGUGGAGGAGUGUAAUACCAUUCUGCUGGCCAUGCAGGAAACAUGUCAGACGUACAUGAAAAAACUGAAAGAAGGCAUUCCCAACUACGCCGCCGGGGAUGCGCAAAAACGCCAGAAAAAACUACCGGAAUAUAUAUUCGCACAAGCCAUCAAAGACCUGGCCAAGAGGCUAUCGGAGCAUUACGCUGAUAAUCUGAACAAACUACUCACUUCACUGGUGGAAAUUGAUGAGCUGCUGGCUAAAGAGCAGAUUUCCUAUGAAGUUCAAGUGGAUGAGCACGUUAUCAAGCCCCUUACAGACCUUGACGGCGAGUAUAAAAAGAUUGCCAGUCGGAGAAAGGAGUUGAAGAAUAAAUCGGAGGAAAUGGAUGCUGCAAAGCGCAAAUAUAACAGCGCCAUACGGCAAUCGUCUGUCCCGACGGAAACCAAUGCGGCCAAAAUACAGCAAAUGAAGGAUGAGCUAGAUGAGAUUACCAAACAAGCUGAACACUUGAGAGAUGUUCUGAAGACGGAAAUUUUCGUGAUGAUGUCCCGUGAAGGCGAAAUGUCGGAUAUCCUGAUGAAGCACAUUCAACUGAAAACCGAUUACCAUCGACAAGCGCUGCGGAUAUUUGAGUCAUUACAGCCGGAAAUGCAGAGUAUUCACGACACCACCGUACGACCGGUGUUUCACACUGUGCUGCGUGAUGAUCUGCGACGGACGCGGAGGAAGAUUGCAUCGGUCCUCGAGUUCUGUGCAGUAUAUCUCUAUCAGAAUUCGCUAAACGAAGAGGGUUUGUUCCGUGUGGCUGGCAGUACGAGUAAAGUGAAAAUGAUGAAAGCGGUCUUCGAUAUGGGUAACGACACUCCCGUGCAGUCGACUGUAAUCAGCGAAGCGGAUCAUCACAAUGUGGCCAGUACCCUCAAAUCAUACUUGCGCGAGCUUCCGGACCCACUGACGUGUGGGGUAUUGUAUUCCGAGUGGAUGAGUGCUAUCAAGGUCGAAGAUCCCGAUGAGCGCAGUAAAGCACUGACGCGUGUUAUUAGCAAGUUACCAGCGGAAAAUUACGACAACUUAAGUUACCUUGUGAAGUUCUUGGCAGCUGUAGCCAGUCGAUCGGAUCGAAAUAAAAUGACGCCCAGCAAUCUGGCGAUUGUAAUGUCGCCCAAUUUGUUCUGGGACACGGACGCCGAUAGGACGGGAUUUGAUAUGGCAGCUACAAAUUUGCAGCACGCAAUCGUAGAAACAUUGAUUACGAACCAAAAAGAUUUCUUCCCUGGUGACUUCGAUCCUAGUCCAAGCACAAGUACGAACUCCAAAUUUCUAUCAGCAAAAGACACCUCCUCCCUUGAUCUCUCGGGCGGAUCGGAAUCCGGCGGAUCUCCCCGUCCUACCACCCCGCCCGACCACCCACCCAGUCCUAAACCACCCCCGAAAUCAACCGCACCCGCCAAAACCAAAAAAGCCCCAGCCCCGCCCAACAUCCCGCGGCGCACGGAGAACCUCCCCACCACGCCCGACACCACCGCCCCCCGACCAGUCCCGGCUGAACCAACUCCACCACCACCCGCCUCCGCCCCCAAAGCGGAACGCCCCGAGAUCAGUAAACUGUACCCGGAUAUUUCGCAGUACGCCGAUGACCCGAGUCCGCCGGUAUUAGCCGGCCUGGAGCCGACGGUGCACCCGGUGGCCUACAGCCCGUCCAUCUCCAUUACCACGCACCCGGAGUUCGGUGUGGCGAAGGACUACGGGGUGCCUAAAACAGCGCCGUCGCCCCUACCCGCCACCCGGCGAAAGAACACCUCCGGGAGUGACGCGACACGCCCGGGGAGUAGUGCCGGGAUGGCGCCGUUGGUGCGCAUGUCCAGCGGGGAUGCCAUCAGUGAUAAGAGUAUAAGACGACGGUGAAGAGUGGGGUGGUGCAGCAGCAGGGCUCCGUGGAGGAGAAGACCAGCAGUCUGACGUCCACGGCCAAGAUCCAGCUGCAGUCGCCGUCCGGGGGGCGGGCCAUUGAUGUGGUGGAUGGGCGGGAUUAUGUGGGGAAGGAGUCCGCUUCCGGCAGUGAUAAUGGCCCGCCGUCAAUCAACGGGUAUGAGGGUGAAAAUGGCGCCAAGACCGGCAAGCCGCCGCUGCCUCCCAAGAGGAAUUUUACCGAGAGUUCGUAUUUGUAAGUUUUAUUACGUUUUCGUUUUUGCGAUACGGUUUUUCUGCGUUUGUUGUUAUACUGCGUGAUUGUGGCAUCUAGAAGGUGAUGCAGCUUUUGGUACGGUUUAUAAAGCUGGUGGUUUUAUGUGUAGAGAUGAGAUGUAAAAAAUGGCUUUGAUUCGGGGAAAAAUGCGUUUUCUUUUGAAACUUAUAUGAAAUUUUUUGGCGCUGUGAUUCUUUACAGUUUCUUUUGUUUUUUUUGUAUACUCGAUUAUUGAUGAUUUGAUUUGUUACAUAUAUGUACGAAUUUCUGUAGACUUUAGAUUAUGUACGCGGUUGGUCACAAUUAAAGACCUGCAUGUA